ACAAUACGAGUGUUCGACUGGCACCAGCGCCUCCACACAGACGUGAAUGAAGGCUGGUCCUAGCGCGCUUCAACCUCCUGUGGAUAUAUAUGAUGAAGUUCAAGCCCAACCAGACCAGGACGUACGACGGAGAGGGGUUCAAGCGAAGAGCGGCGUGUUUGUGCUUCAAGAACGAGACUGAAGACGAGGUUCUACUGGUGAGCAGCAGCCGCCAUCCUGACCAAUGGAUUGUACCUGGAGGAGGGAUGGAGCCUGAGGAGGAGCCUUGUGGAGCUGCAGUCAGGGAAGUCUAUGAGGAGGCCGGUGUGAAAGGGAAGCUGGGGAGACUUCUUGGGAUCUUUGAGCACAAUCAGGACAGGAAACACAGGACGUAUGUCUACAUCCUCAUAGUGACAGAGACACUGGAGGACUGGGAGGACUCUGUCAACAUAGGUAGGAAACGAAAGUGGUUCAAGGUCGACGAAGCCAUCAGGGUGCUGCAGAGCCACAAGCCAGUCCACGCCGAAUACCUACGCACCCUCAAGAACACCUGUGGCCCAGUGUGCAGCCCGACCAAUGGCAACACUCUGGGCUCUGCGGUGAUGGACAACAACACACCUCACUACGUGGUCUGCUCCAAACUGGCCUCCGAUCUUGUCAACCGAUAGGAGCGAUAAUGGCACCGGGCUGAUCUGCAGAGAAGCCAACAUCUGAAAUGGACUUGUGCUUUAAUUUCAUAACUAACUAUGGUUUUUAUUGUGUACAGUGAAAGUUUCCUUUGGUUGAUGUUAAAUCUCACGUCAAGUGGGAAACAAAAGUGCCAAAAAUGUCUUUCAAGUAUCGUAACACUUUUUUUUUUAAAUGUCUUUUCUGAUAACUAUCACCAGCCAAAUGAGCAAAAUGUGUCCAUUCAAAGCUUUAGAUGGACCGCGGUUAUCAGGUGCAGCAUAUGAAUCGUGAAGGCCAAUAACAGUCUUACAGCCUUUUAACUUAUCAUUGGUGCGUUUCUAGAUUAGAAAAACAAAAAUUGAGGGAAUGCUUUGCUUUUAGAUGAAGUCUCAAACAUGCUGUGCCAGUAAUGCCUGCACAAGACGUUUGGAAAGAUAUUUGUUUGUAUAGUUGGGUCAUUGUUUACAAUGCCAUUUUUAAAGUUGCUGUUUUUUUUCCUAGUGCCAACUGACCAUCUUUAUGUACCACGCAAAGAAUGAAGUAUCUAAUCCAAAAAUCAUGUUCAGAUUUUCAGUCAUAUUAAUUGGGGAUGUAAUGCUGCCAGAUGAAUAGAGUGAGUGGGUCUUCCUCUCACCUGUUGAACCCUUGGUUAGCAACACAACCUGUUGCUUGGCGGCCAUCAAUUAAUAAAAUGAGAAGACGAUGCGCUUUUGUCUAAUAAAUAGUGAGCUUUCCCCAAGUGCCUUUCGUAAGACAGUACUCCAGAAUUGACUGGAAUUAUCACAAGAACACACACUGCUGUAAUCUAACUUGUAUUAUUAAUCUUUAGUGAGCAAUGUAUUGCCUUAAGAAACUUGGAUGUAUUGUUACGAAUGAAUGUAGUGUUUUGGCUGUUCAAUUCCCGGGUUUAUUUAUUAUUGUUUAUCGAGACACACAGUCCUUAAUGUCACAUGCGUUUCUUACCAGAUGCUUUAGAAAGUGGGAAAUCCAGCCACACUGUUUUGUCAACACCACAAUAUCUGUUUAUACUAUUUGUCUCUAAAUGUUGUGAAUAUAGUCAACAAUUGUUUUCACUAAACGAAUGACUGGUACGUUGUUUGUGUUGUACAUAGAUCAUGACAAGAAUAAAUGGCGA